GAAUGUGCGGUGCGUGCGAUGUGCAGUGCAUCGAACUAGGGCGAACGUACGUUCUAUGCGGUCACUUGAGCUCGUCUGCGGAUCGGUAGAAAGCAAACUACGCUUUAAAGGCGGCUUGUUGUUAGUGUGGUGGCAUCGCUAUUUCCCGAUCAUCUCGAGCGACCAUCCUGUGCCCUGUGCUCAUGUGUGAAUCCACAAUUGGUACGAGAGCCACAGCGAGAGCAGGCGAGUUCAGUUAGCCUGUUCGCAGCAGUCGACUCGUUUGACAUGGCCACGGUUCCAGAAAGCGUAAGCCCCGAGCAGCGGCUUGUGUGUGCGAUCAUUCCGCCGCUCGAUUCCAAGCGGCACAAGGGCCAGGCGGGCCGCAUCGCCAUCCUCGGUGGAUCGCCAGACUACACUGGAGCGCCGUACUUCUCCGGCAUGGCGGCCCUACGAACAGGCGCUGACCUGGCCUACGUGUUGUGCCCGCCCAGCGCCGCGCAGGCGAUCAAGUCGUACAGCCCGGAGCUCAUGGUUAUGGCGCUUCCGGAGACCGCGGGCCCCGAUGCGGUCGCGGAACGGGUCUGCGAACUGCUGCCGCGACUGCACGCUCUCUUAGUCGGGCCAGGACUGGGUCGCGCAGAGGCCACGCGCGGCUUGCUCAAGACAGUGGUAGCGAAGGCGCGGUCGCUGUCCCUGCCCCUGGUCGUGGACGCAGACGCACUGUACUUCGUGGCGCAAGAUCCGGACAUGGUGCGCGGAUACCAGCGAGCGUUGCUCACGCCCAAUGCGGCAGAGCUGGAGCGGCUGUGCAACGCCGUGCUAGGUGUCAGGGCCGCGGCGCCGGACCGCGCGGAGGCGGCGCGUCAGCUGGCCCGAGGUCUGGGCAACGUUACCGUGCUGGCCAAAGGUUCGGAAGACGUCGUGACAGACGGACGCGUGAGCCUGUACUGUCGCGAGCAAGGCAGCCCGAGGCGGUGCGGCGGACAGGGCGAUAUUCUAAGCGGAGCUGCGGCAACGCUGAUGCACUGGAGUCACGCCGCUGAUGCUCCGGCUGGAGAUGGUGCCGCAGGUCAGCUGGCAGCAGCGCCUUUGGCAGCCCUGGGUGCCGCCAUGCUGGUGCGUCGGUGCAGCCGGCUUGCCUUCCAGAAGAUGGCACGCAGCACGCUUACAUCGGAUAUGCUGGCGGAGAUGCGCACCGCGUUUUCUGCCCUCUUUCCGGUCGACUGAGGUCUGCGCACCUAGAGUAGAAGGGCGAAGAACUGAAAACAAAGUAGUUCACCUAAGUCAUCUCUGAGGUCGAGUUAAGCAGUUCUGCGUGUAAUCGGAUAACUGCUCAUAAACCUGCAGUUAACUAAACCCGUUGCUGUCAAGGACGGGCGCAUGGGUUUCGUUUCAUAGGCGUUUAUUCUUCCAAUAAAGACAGCGUAUCUGUGCUGUGGCAUGCCCAGAGCGCUUAUGAAAGAAA